AUGGAUUCUAAUCCAUUUUUGAAUGUAAAUUUUGUUGAUCUUCUCCAAAGUCAACAAAAUAGUGGCAUAGGUUUAGAAUCUUCUCCCAUUCCUUUGUUUGGUACGCAAGCCACAGAAGAUUCAAACUUCGAGCAAGAGAGUCCACUGCAGCGUAAAGAACGCAGGUCUUGGUCGCAAACAGAUGAUGAGGUCCUCAUCAGCGCUUGGCUUAACACCAGCAAAGAUGCGGUUGUUGGGACCGAGCAAAAGUCUGGGGCCUUCUGGAAGAGAAUAGCGGACUACUUUGCUGCUAGUCCGAAGCUUGCAGGCCUUGAAAAAAGAGAGCCAUUUCACUGCAAGAAUAGGUGGCACAAGAUCAAUGAUCUUGUGUCCAAGUUCUGCGGAGCUUAUGAAGCCGCAGCAAGACAGAAAACCUCAGGCCAAAAUGAUCAUGAUAUUCUCAAACAAGCUCACCUUAUCUUCUUGAACAACUACAAAAAAAAAAAUUCACUCUGGAACAUGCGUGGAAGGAGCUUCGCCAUGACCAGAAGUGGAGAGGACGGGGCUCAAGCCUCAACACCUCGCGCAACUGAGGGGGUGGCUGGUGUCACGGAUGAUCGGCCCCCUGGUGUUAAGGCUGCCAAGCGUAGUGGUAAGAAGCCAAUGGAAGAGGGGAAGGGGCAAGAGGAGUUUGACCGGGUUUGGGCGUAUAAGCAGCAGGAUUUGUCUAGGAGAGAAAAGCUCUCCAAGAUAGGUCUACUUGACCGUCUACUUGCUAGAACAGAGCCACUCCGUGACUAUGAAGAAACGCUAAAGAAGAAACUCAUCAAUGAGUUGUUCUCCAGAGCAAUGGGAGUGGAAUAA